GGUGACCACUGAUCCACUAGCUAGCUUCCUUUCUUCCUGCUGAAGAAAGUAAACAAAUGGACGCGGCGACGCUUCGGGGACAAAACAUGAAAAAUGUGAAGGAGCGGCGCGGUGUGGACAAGUUAAGAUGCCAGGACACAAGAAACGAUACGAUGUUCGCUUCUCACCAAAUCGCAUCAAAAAGAUCAUGCAGAAGAACACUGAGGUGGGGAGGAUUGCGAUGGCGGUGCCUGUCAUCAUCUCACGAGUCCUGGAGAUGUUCUUGAAGUCCUUGCUCACUAAAACGUCUUUGAUCACAGAGUCCAAACGCAGCAGGGUGGUGUCUGUGGCACACAUGAAGCAGUGCAUUGAGUCGGAGAUGCUCUUCCACUUCCUCAAAGACCUGGCACAGCAAGCUGGGUUUACAACCACGCAGAAGGACAACAGAGGACUGAAUGUGUGGCCAAUGUACAGGGCAAAGCGACCUGAAAACCAAAAAACAUCAGAAAUGGAAGAAAGUCCACCACAGCAAAGCCUCGACUCGCUUGGCAAUGACUCAAGCUCCAGUGUAAACUCAAGUCACUAUUAUUUUUAACACAGGAGCUCCUUGGUCUAAGUAUGAAGUCCGUUCACCUAAGUCAUGACUAAGUUCCUCACACUCCACAUAACAUAACACAUAAAGGACAUAUAGAAUAUACAACACCAGAUUAUUUUUUGCAAAUAUCUACAUAAAAGCUACUCGCUACUAAGUAGUGCUACUACUAUAACUACUAUAACUACUAAUAAAAGUUAUUAUUUUA